AUGUUUGGCGGCCAGUGCCCUCGCCGGGCUCUUCAAAGCGUGCGGACCGCUUAUCGGGGUUCUCACCGCCUCAUAUCGACCUCCGUCGUUCGUCGUUCGGACCCAUGGCCCCUUCCACACACUCCAGCCCAUCUCAAAAACACCGAAACGCCGGAAGACUCCCCUCGCAUCAGCCCCCUGCCGCGACACAACGAGUCCAUCGAAACGCUUCGCGCUAGAUUGGUGUACCAGUCCCGAAAGCGAGGCACAUUGGAGAGCGACUUGCUUUUGAGCACAUUCGCGAGAGAUUACCUUCAGAACAUGACGGAGAGCGAGUUGAAGGAGUACGACAAGUUGUUAGAUGAACCGGACUGGGACAUUUAUUACUGGGCCACGGAGGAACGCACGCCUCCGUCGGCAUGGGCCUCAUCCUCGUUGCUCGAAAAGCUCAAAAAGCACGCUCGGAAUGAAGGAAAGGUUGUACGUAGAAUGCCUGCGUUGUCCGAAUAA